AUGUUGAACCGCUUUACUUCGUUUAAUAACGUGUUAUUCUCUGAUGAGGCUCACUUUCCCAUCAACGGCCAUGUCAAUAAGCAAAAUUGUCGCUACUGGAGUUGCAAAAAUCCAAAUCGCAAACAUCAAAAGCCCUUACAUAGCCCUAAAGUGACAGUUUGGGCGGCUAUGUCAGCGCAUGGCAUUAUAGGCCCUUACUUUUUAGAGGACGGCAGAGGCCGCGCGCUUACUGUUACUUCACAACGGUAUGUAGCUAUGAUCCAGGACUUUUUUACACCAGAGUUGCAGAAUUUUCCAGGCUUCAAUACGCGGACCUGGUUUCAACAAGAUGGAGCAACUGCCCAUACCUCUAACGUCGCUAUGCCGGUCGUCCGUCAACUUUUCCCUAAUAAAGUGAUCUCUCGAAGAGGAGAUAUUCCUUGGCCACCACGUAGUCCAGAUCUGACCCCAAUGGACUUUUUCUUAUGGGGUUAUCUUAAGACUAAAGUGUACAAAACCAACCCGCGGACAAUUGACGUCCUGAAAGAAAAUAUCCAAAGAGAAAUGGCAAACAUUACAGAGCUUACUUGCCACGCAGUGAUGGAUAAUUUUAAACGUCGCUUACAGGAGUGCCGCGAUCGUAACGGAUUACAUUUAGAUGAUGUAAUUUUCAAAAAAUAA